CCUCCUGCUGCUGCUGCUGCCCCCCUCCGCCCGCGGUUCCCGGCCUCUCUGGCGGCCGCCUUCUCCUCCUCUCCGCCGGGCGCCAUGGGGGACUACGACUCGUGGACGUCGUUCCUGGGGGAGUGGGGCCGGUUUCAGCGCCUGGUCUUCUUCCUGCUGAGCGCCAGCAUCGUGCCGAACGGGUUCAACGGGAUGUCGGCGGUCUUCCUGGCGGGGGUCCCCGAGCACCGGUGCCGGGUCCCCGAGGGCGCCAACCUGAGCGCCGCCUGGAGGGAGGCCAGCAUCCCCGAGGAGCAGCGGCCCGGGGGCAGGACGGGGCCCCACCGCUGCCGCCGCCUCCGCCUCGAGGCCCUGCGCAACUUCUCCGCCGCCCGCCUGCUCCCGGGGACCGACGUCAACCUCAGCCUCGUCCCCACCGAGCCCUGCCUCGACGGCUGGGAGUACAGCCCCAGCCCCUACCUCGCCACCAUCGUCAGCCAGUGGGAUCUUGUCUGUGAGAACAGCUGGAAAACACCCCUAACUACCUCUUUAUUUUUUGUGGGCGUUCUGAUUGGAUCCUUCGUAUCUGGACAACUCUCAGACAAAUUUGGUAGAAAGAACGUGCUGUUUGUAACCAUGGGAGUCCAGGCUGGCUUUGGCUUCCUCCAGGUCUUCUCAUCAAGCUGGGAGAUGUUUUCCAUCCUCUUUCUCAUCGUUGGAAUGGGGCAAAUCUCUAAUUAUGUGGCUGCAUUUGUACUUGGCACUGAAAUUCUUGGCAAAACAAUCCGUGUUAUAUACUGCACAUUAGGUGUUUGUCUGUUUUAUGCCUUUGGAUACAUGUUGCUGCCACUGUGUGCUUACUUCAUCAGAGAUUGGCGGAUGCUGCAAUUGGCUCUUAGUCUGCCAGGGCUGCUGUACAUUCCCCUGUGGUGGUUAAUACCGGAAUCCCCUCGAUGGCUGCUCUCUAAAGGAAGGAUCCAGGAAGCAGAAGACAUCAUUCGGAAGGCUGCUCAAAUGAAUGGUGUUACAGCUCCAGAAGUAAUAUUUGACCCUUCUGAGCUACAAGAUUUGAAGUCCCAGGACCAGGAUACGUACAGCAUUUUGGACCUAGUGAGGACUCAGAAUAUCCGAUCUAUCACGAUUAUGUGUGUGAUUUUAUGGAUGGUCAUUGCCAUAGGCUACUUUGGCCUCUCUCUGGACACUCCUAACUUGCAUGGAGACAUCUAUUUCAAUUGCUUCCUUUCGGCAGUAAUCGAAGUCCCAGCUUAUAUCAUCUCUUGGCUACUCCUUCAUUAUUUUCCCCGGCGGUAUUCAAUGGCAGGAGUCUUGUUCUUAGGAGGUUGUGUCCUUCUCUUCAUUCAGUUGGUGCCUGCAUAUCUCAGUGUUCUGUCUGUUGUCCUGGUGAUGAUUGGAAAGUUUGGGAUCACAGCUGCCUUCUCGAUGGUUUACGUGUACACUGCUGAGCUCUACCCAACAGUUGUGAGGAAUAUGGGAGUUGGUGCCAGUUCCAUGGCCUCCAGAUUUGGCAGUAUCCUAUCACCUUACUUUGUAUAUCUUGGGGCCUAUGAUAGGUUUCUUCCCUACAUUUUAAUGGGAAGCUUGACAGUACUUACAGGAAUCCUCACUCUGUUUCUCCCAGAAAGUUAUGGCAUACCACUCCCAGAUACUAUAGAUCAGAUGUUAAGAAUUAAAGGAAUUAAAUACAGAAAUACUUCUAAAAACCAAAAGAGAACAAAGGAUGAAGAAAAUACAGUAAUUCUAAAAACCACAUCGUUCUGAUGAACUACUCUGCAUUUAUAUUUUGGAACUGAAAAAUACCUAAACAUUUCCUUUACUUUGUUUCCAGAAAGGACUAAUUGAAACACUUUUUCCUAUAGUCAUAAACUUAUUUAUUAAAUAUACAUUCAUUUUUGUGAAUGUAACUAUGCUGCAUAUCCCAAUGUGGGAUCUCAGCCUGCAGUUGUACACAUUACACAGAACAAUAUCAGGGCAGAGGGCUGUUUGCCUUUAGGACUACAGUAUUGACAAAUGGCCUUUUGUGAGCUUGAGUUUUUAAAGAUGCCUGGACAUGGAGAUUGAUCAACUGUUUCCACUAUUCAGUGCACACUGGCAAAAGACAAACAUCUUCUGGAAUUUAAAUAUUGUCACAUUCUAUCAGCCAAUAGGAAUGCUGCUUCUGUUUUGCUCAGAAAACUUAAGUUUGAAAUGAAAAGGAUAUAUCAAGUUUAGAAGAUGAGUAUAUAAUUAUAUCAGAAGAAACUGAUGCUGAAUGAUUUUAACGAGAUAUGAGAUGUGACAUCAAAUGUUUCUGUGUGCAAAAUAUGGGCUGUCUAGUUUUGUUUGCAAAACUACUUUACUUUUUCCAGAUGAAAUUUCAGCUAAAAACCACUGGGUACAAUUGUUCACAUCUGGGAAUGAUGAUUUGCCUUAUUUAGGCAUAUAUUUAUUUUUUAAAAUAAUAAGAUUAGAUUGGAUCUAUAAUUCUUCUCUUUCCUUCUAAUAUUCUAUGAGCUGAAUGUCCUCCGAGUUGUCUCUAAUGCUAAAAGACAUGCAAAUAAUCCAUGUUUAUCUGUCUAUUAGUCCUCUUUAAUCUUUGCCUGAGAUAUUUUGAAUUGCAUACUAGGUAUGUAAAAAAGCUACUUUACACCAUGGAACUUAUUCUGCUAACCAAAUGUGAACAAAAUCUGGUGCCUUCAGCUAGCUAAAAUCCCAAGUGAUCCCCUUUUGACUAAGCACAGAGUUUUUAAUGAAUAUCAUGAAACUGUAAAAACAAGCCUUAUGCCUAAACAAUUGUGUCAAAAUCUGCCAUGAGACAUUGCCUAUUGACUAGGGCCGCUAUUCUAACUGCAUCUAUUUCUGUUACGUUUCAUCUAAAAUGCUAACUUGCCCAUGACAGCAGUUAAACUUAUUUCUUUAUUAUCUACAAUCAGUCACAUUAUAAACAGUUUAAUAAAUAUAAAGCAUAAUCCAAUUGUAUUCUUAUUUUAAUAACUGGUGAACUAAUUUGAGGGUUUUACAGACUAGUUAAAUAUACAAAUAUACAAAUAUUUUUAUAACAAGAAUUGCUAGAGAGCCAUUACUACUGCAAACACUGCAGUUUCCAGCCAUUCUAGAAAUCAUGUUGUUUAAUGUGAAAGUCUUCAUCGUCUUAUUCAUAACAUUUAAUGCAAAAGGCAACAUCAUGCCACUCUGGUGUUCCUUCCCACCUCCCUGCUGAAUGCUGCAAUUUCCAGUUUUUAUUGAUCCAUACUGUAGAGUUGCCCUCUUAGUGGGAAAGGGUGUCAGUCCAGUAAAUACUUCAUUACAACCUUUAGCAGAAAGCCAGAGUAUGGGCCGGUACAGACCAGCCCAAUAAGGUGGCUUCCUGGUGGCAUGGGGGCAUGGUGUAUGCACGAUGCAUGCCCCAACACUGCCCUGAAGCCAGUGUUACACCGUUCUGCUGCCCACAGAAGAGCAGCUUUUUAGCACUCCGGCAGCAUGGCAUUUAGACACUGUACAUCACAGGACCGCUGCGAAAAAGGCAGCGUUUUUCCAGCGCAAAAAGGAGAGGCACUUUGUUGCUUCUUUUUGCACCAGAAAAAAGCUGUAUUGGGGCUGUGGCAUGUGGUUGCCCCAGCCUUGACCUGGCGAUCAAAGGGAUGGCAUCAAGAUCCCCUUUUAGGGUUGUCAAUUCCAGCCCUAUAAAUAUUUGGGGAGAAGUGGUCAGUAGUCAGAAUGACUCAAAUUUCUGUUUCUCAGGCAUGGCAUUUUUCCAAGGCCUGUUAAAUCCAAGAUACUGCACUUAUUUGCACUGUUUUGAAUGCCUUACUAUGCAAUCCUGUACAUGUCUAUUCUGAAGUGUCAGCAAGUUCUCUUGGGCAUAACCUUAGGAAAGGUAUGUCUUAAGAUUUCAGCCUUAGAGAGAGAGAGAGAGAGAGAGAGUGUGUGUGUGUGUGUGUGUGUGUGUGUGUGUUGUAUACCUUCAAAUUGUUUCCAACUUAUGGUGACCCUAAGGUGAACCUUUCACAGGGUUUUCUUGGCAAGAUUUAUUCAGGGGAGGUUUGUGUUUGUCUUCCUCUUAGCCUGGGAGAUUGUGCCUUGCCUAAGGGCACCCAGUGGGUUUCUAUGGCAAAGCGGUGAUUUGAACUCUGGUCUCCAGAGUCAUAGUCCAGUGCUCAAACCAUUAAACUACACUGGCUCUCCAGCUUUACUGUACUUUUUUAAAAAGCUUUUUCCAUUACCCUCCCUGCUUUUCCCAUUUUGUUUGUUUAGUUUUCUACAAGAUUGUAAAAAACUGGUUCACCACAAUCAUGACCCAAGAAGAAUGGCCAACUUAAUCCCAACUUACUUUCUAAAGUUAGUGGAGCUUCAGGGGAGGAUCACAAAUUGAUCUCAUAUAGUUUAAUUGGAAAGUAACAGAAAGCAAAGGCAGGGAGAUUGUUUCUAGAGUCUUGCUGUGUGCCUAAAAGUGUUAUUGGGCUUAUGGCAUUUGUAUGUGAAAAUUGUAUUUUCAUCAAAUAUUUUUGUUUUAAUUCUCGCUUCAUUUUGAAAGAGCAUGUCCAUUCGUUAUUUUUAGAUUAAUGGAAUAUGAUAUUGCCUGAAAAUAAACAAAAGUAUUUCUUCAAAACAACAACAACAUGUAGUAGUCUUUUGCUUCCAGGUGCAGCAGAUAGACAGCAGACAUCUUCUCUGUGGGACUCAAUGGAAAAGAGGACAGCAGCAGUGAUAGGCACCCAUUUAGAGGCAAUUUACAACCAAUGUCUUUUCUCCUGGUUAAGGGGGGGGGGACAAGGAGUGUGUCCACAAGUGUUGAUAAACUCCACUAAGCUACUGGGGGCUGUUGCACUCUCACAAAAUAUGCAGGGGGAAGACAGGGAUAAAGCCAUCAGCUCUUCCUGCAGCUUGGAAGCCCAACAGACACUAAGCCGCUACUGCACUUACUGUAUUUCAACUAUUAUUUCACUAACAUCUAGAUUUAAGAGUAAAAAUAAAUCUUCAGGCCAGUAGUUGUUCAAUUCGUCUGUGACUUUAUUUUGGAUUAAUAAAAGAAAUGUUUAGGAUUGCUUCUAAGUAAUAUUAAGAUUGCUGAUUGAAAUCAGAAAGUCUUAUAAAAGUAUAUGAAAGGGGGAGAAAGAAUAAAGUUUUUAAUGGAAAAAGAUAUAGAAAUUUGAAAUGAUGAGACUAACUUUUUUUAAAUUGGAAGAUUGGUUGCAUUUGCAUACAUUUUGCAAUUAAAAUUGGAUUAAAAAAUAAAAUGAAACUGGUUUGUUUUGAGAAAAUGAAGUUUGUUUUGACUGGAAGUUGAAACAAGAGAGGUUAAACAGUUGAGUGUGCCAUUGCUACAUGGAGGAACAACUGUAGAGGCAACCAGCUGAGGGAGUUAAUUCUUUAUCUGCCAGGAAGUGGAUAAAUGGGGGGGGGGAGCAGCAAUUUCAUAGGGGAUUUGAGAGGAACUGAAUUUGCUACAAAAUGGUUUAAAUAUAGUUAAAUUUCUGCUUUGAUAGACAAUGUGACUGAAGAAAGGGAUUAGAAGGAUGCAAUGUGAGAAGCAGAGGAACCAACUAGAUCUCAGAAGAAGGAUGACGAUAGAGCAGCUGAUUCAGAAUGCAAGGAUAUGGUCCUAGGAGGCAUUUUUCAGCCAAGAUGGGAGGAUGAUGGAGAGCCAGAAAUGAUUUUGGACGACUUACCUGGGCUGGAUAUAUCACUGAAGUCAGAGAGGAGCAGCAGAACACCAAAUUAAAAAGAAGAAAGACAAAAAGAAAAGUUUCUGGGAUGAAAAUGUGGAGGUUUGAUGUGUGAUAGGAUUUUGGAGAGGGGAAAAGAAUUAAGAUAAAAAGGGUAAAACUAACAGGGACGUUUUUUAUGGAGGGAUGUUUUCUGCUCAAGUUCUCUGUGGAGCUUUGAAGGAUAUCCAAGGUGUGUGAUUAUGGAGGUUUGGAAGAAAACCAAGGGCAGGAUUUCAGUGGGAAAAACAGAAAUAGGAUUUGUUUCUUCUGGUUUAAGAAAUCGACAAAGGAUCUGUUAAAGGAUGAUGUCUCAGUUUAAAGGAAAUUUUAAACAAAAUAAGGAUGAUUUAUAUGACUUCUAUAUUUAGAAGGGGUAUAAAUAUUAGAGUGGGGUACAUUGAAAAAUGGAAAAAAGAGAGGCAUAACUGAUAUGAUAGAUGGUUGUUAAAUGGGAAUGAAAGGUUUGCUUAACUUAAAAGAAGUAAGUAUAAUUAAGAUGCAAUGUGAUACGGCUCUUGUUUAACUUAGAUUGAGUGAGAAUUCAUAAAUAUGAAGAUGAAGGCUUUCUUUGCUGGAGUCCAUAGUUUUUUGUGGCUUUUUCAAGUGAAACACAUCAGAGAUAAAUUCUUCCAGAACAUAGCCACAUAGCCCGAACCACCCCCCCCCCAAAAAAAUGCUUAAUGAAUAAAUAGUUCAGUAUUAUUAUUAAAGCUUAUUAAUUUGAAUGAAUUAAUAGAAAUGUCUUUCUGUAUGGUGUAUAUGUGUGUGUGUGUGUGUGUGUGUGUGUGUAUAUAUAUAUAUAUAUAUAUAUAUAUGAGAUUACAUGAUGUUUGAGAUUGAUUAUUAAUAAUAUUGUUUUAUAGAAAGGUGGUUGAUGGCCUAUUGUACCAGAGAAGCACUGAGAAGACUUGAAGUUGCUUUUAUCUUUCUUUUUGAUGUUUUUCCCCUCUUUUUUCCUCCUUCUUGUAUCUUAUCCUUUUCUUGGCUUGUCUUUUUUCUGUUUCUUUGUAUUGUUAGUGUUGUAUUUUAUGG